CCAUGAACGAUCACAAUUCACAAGCAUACAGAUCACAGAUUUUUCCAUAUCUUUUUCCUUCCCAUCCACAGCACUGCCAGAACUCUUAUCCACUCAGCAAUGGCUCUCACCAUAGCCAACGGAGGAGGUGGUGGUGGUGGAGGAGUAGGUAUCCUCUAUGGCAACACCGCGAAGCAUCCUUACACCCACAUCCCCAACCGGCGCCACGUCCUCUUCCCACUCUCCACCAGGACCACCACCCUCCUCGUGGUCUCGGCCAAGCGUUUCUCCUCCCGGUCCGGACGGCUCGAAGGCAAGAACCGGAAGGGCUCUACCACCACCAAAGACCAAGAAGAGAAACAACUACAACGCGAGGCCGUGGAGGAUAUGCCCAGCAUCGAAAAUGUUGGCUUCGUCGGAGAUGGUACUGCCGAUGACGCUGCGCUUGUCUUGCCGGAGCUUCCGGGUGCCGAGAAAGACUUCUGGGAAGGGCCGCAGUGGGACGCGCUUGGUUUCUUUGUACAAUACUUGUGGGCUUUUGGCAUCGUCUUUGCGCUAAUUGCAUGUGGGGUUGCUGUGGCUACUUACAACGAAGGGGCAACAGAUUUUAAGGAGACUCCUGCGUACAAAGAGUCAAUUCAAUCUCGAGAGCUUUUAGAUGAACCUGAUGGAUCAAACUCGGAUGUGUUUGAGUCCAACCCUACCGAAGUUGCUCCUAGUUUGGAGUAGUCUCUUUAUAGUGAUUGUUUAAAAAGCAAGGUUUACUUCUCGGAUAUGAUAUAGAAGAAAUAUUCCAACCGAGGGCUCUUAUCUAAUUUGUAAGGUAAUGUUUCUGCAUAUAUGCUGUAACUUGAGAUGUUGAUACAGAAAAAUUUGUUAGUGUGCUCUGAGUUUACACUCAAAUUAUUGAAACAUCUUUUGAUAUU